AUGCGACCCUCAAUCCGCCUCCCUCUGCGGGAGGCAAAUUUCGUCUGCUCCAGCUGCAGAAUUCAAGCCACCCCCCGUAUCUCGCCGCUCGGUCAAGUUCGCCGCUAUGCUUCCGACUCCCCCGGAAUCCUCGAGCGCGCUCGGCGCAAGAUUUGGGGAACAGACAAGCCGCCAGGCCCGGCAGACCCUUACACCGGAAGUCAGAUCAUGCCUGGAAGUGGUAUGAGUCCCGGAGAGCCGGUGCUAGAGGAAGGAUUCAGUCUUGAAGAGGGUCAAGCACGACCUGAAGAAAUUGAUGAGAACCUGACGUGGGAGGGGAUGCCCAAGAUCGGUUUUCUCAAGGGGGAAAAAUGGCGUUCUCAGGGUUCGAAAGGGAAAGCCGAUAGAGUCAAACCGUGGUACUACAACCCACGACCUUUACCGUACAUGGAGGCUGCGCAUCAGGCGGCCGUGGAGAUUGGUUUGAUGCAAAUGUUGGGGGAAAAGGUCACUGUUAGCAAACUCCACACCAGCCGAGCGAUCCAAGACCAGCUCAAGUCGGUUAAGAUCGAAGGUCGGUCUGGUAACUGGGGUGAUCUUCUCCGGUUCCCUGACAUUCAAACAAUGGAAUCCCUUCUACGCAAUGCAGCAACGGCCAUGGAUGGUGAAGCCGGCGAAAUCGCUUUCCAGGAGAAAUUGAAGAAGAUAGCUAGCGAGCAGGGAAAUCGCCUGUAUGGCGCGGAGCCCAAGGGUCAGAUGCAGAAGCGCCUCGGUUCUCUGUCUCUGGCUGAUGGAAACGUCAAGUUUGCUUUCUUCGCCCGCCUCUCCAAAUUGACGUCUCAGCACAUUUCUGACUACAUCGUCACCUCUUCCACUACCACCGGAGAUGUCUUCCGAGCACAGGAGGCACUUCGCAAAAAGACUACCAGAUUGACGCCUGUACUUCUCCAUGAGAUUAUGGACAAGAACGGUGCCGCUGAGUUGUCUAACGUCAAGAUUCUCGACGUCCGCCAGACUCGCCACGACAACGAUGAAGAUCUUGGCCGCAAGAAGGCUAUUGUUUCUGCGCUCUAUAAGGAUGGUCUGAUCACCAAGAGCCUGGGUCAGAAACAACUGCCGCCCUGGAAGCAGGUUAAGAAGGCCGAGUUGAAUGCCUAG